AUGGAAAAAUCACACCCAGGGGAAACCACGAAAUCACACCCAAAGAAAUCCAUGGAAGAAAUCACACCCCACGGAGGAAAUCACACCAAAAGAAAUCCAUGGAAGAAAUCCACCCAGGGAAACCACGGAGGAAAUCACACCAAAAGAAAUCCAUGGAAGAAAUCACACCCAGGGGAAACCACGGAGGAAAUCACACCAAAAGAAAUCCAUGGAAUAAAUCACACCCAGGGAAACCACGGAGGAAAUCACACCAAAAGAAAUCCAUGGAAGAAAUCACACCCAGGGGAAACCACGGAGGAAAUCACACCAAAAGAAAUCCAUGAAGAAAUCACACCCAGGGGAAACCACGGAGGAAAUCACACCAAAAGAAAUCCAUGGAAGAAAUCACACCCAGGGAAACCACGGAGGAAAUCACACCCAAAAGAAAUCCAUGGAAGAAAUCACACCCAGGGGAAACCACGGAGGAAAUCACACCAAAAGAAAUCCAUGGAAGAAAUCACACCCAGGGGAAACCACGGAGGAAAUCACACCAAAAGAAAUCCAUGGAAGAAAUCACACCCAGGGGAAACCACGGAGGAAAACACACCAAAGAAAUCCAUGGAAAUCACACCCAGGGAAACCACGAGGAAAUCACACCAAAAGAAAUCCAUGGAAUAA